UAACAUAAUAGAAUGCACCGCCAAAGGACGACAGUGGUAUUAAUUACGCUGCUGCCCUUCUUACUUCCAGAUCUGCUCCAAGGUGACAUUAUGGUUCGGAGCGCUUCGCAGCUGGAAAGAUUCGCCAUUUACACCGUGGUGAAAGACUCGUCCAAGGUAUGGCCCGAUGCAAAGGUGUACUACACCAUAGCUCCCGAUUUCGAUGAAGAGCUGGACCAACCGCUUAUCAAGGAAGCUAUGGCGCUCGUCGAGGAAAAGACUUGCGUCAAAUUCAUCCAAAGGACCGAUGAGCCCGACUAUGUCAACAUCGAACACAGAGAAGGCCGCUGUGCUUCUUACGUUGGUAAAGAGGGAGGAGAGCAGACCUUAGCAUUGGACUUCUUCUACUGCCCUGGAAAGGGACAAAUCGCCCACGAACUCAUGCAUGCCCUAGGAUUCUUCCACGAACACUGCCGUCCGGACAGAGACGAGCACGUUGAUAUCAUGUGGGAUAACAUACAAGACGGUGGAGCACAAAACUUCAAGCUGGAGGCUGAAACAGUGGCAGAGACGUAUGGCCAACCUUACGACUACGAGUCUGUCAUGCACUACCCGUUCAACACGUAUUCCAAGGACAAGACCUUAGCAACAAUAGUAGCGAAGGAUGCCGCGAUCGGCAAGGAUAAAUUAGGAAAGGGUUAUCUACAGGAUUACCUGACAGAGAUAGACAUUACAAAGAUCAACAAGCUUUAUAACUGCCCACCAAAAACGUAGCCUGCGCGUGCAGUUGUAAGUCCAUUAACCAAAAUGUAGCGUUGACUGCUGCAAAAAUCAAGUACCGCCAUGUCCAAAGACGCAUCUGCCCGGCACAUAUCAAUCAUCAAGUCUGGCAACCCUUGGCAGAAACCCUUCCCCAAAGCAUACCCAAUGUUCGGCAGAACCCAGCAAGUGUCCCGUGAUGUUAACAAAAUGUAAAAGUCACUGCACCCUUUUUGAUAAAAUGACCGCGCAUUCACACAAGCUACACUCCCCGGAAUAUUGCAGCAGAACAAGAAAAAAAAAAGUAGCUUUCUAAUGCCGAGCGCGAGCGCCCACUGUUUUGUCUUUUCGUGCACUGGUAGCUGUGGGGUAGCAUAUCUACAAGGUACAUAUUCCGAAGCAGACGACAGGAAAAGAUGCUGUCUGCUAAGUACGCAGUACGUCACUCCCAAUAUUCCGGCACCGUACGAGUGCUUACAACACGCGGUGGAACGUUUGUCCCAAGGGCAGUUCUCUCUUUUUCUUUUUCUUCCACUAGGAUAUUCCAUGUUCAUGUUAAGAAUCACACGUAUUAGAUACUUUUUGGCACAAAGCACAAUGGAAUAAACACCGGGAGAACGAAGUAAACUUUUCUCGGUUCACGCCACCUGUCGGAUCCUCCUAAAACUAUGAUUAAAGAAUAUUCUCAGCCGAAACCAUUCGCGGCUACUUAUCUGCACAAGUCCUCGACACGUAUAAAUUAUUCGAAAAAUAGUUGCGGAAGGUAGUCAAGUGGCCCGAUCGAGUUAUUUGCCAUGCAAUGCCCCACAUAAUAAUGUCCUCUAAGCAUCUCCUCGAUGUUGGACGUUGCAAUAUGUUGAGAACUUCUAUAACCUGUUUCGUGAUUACCUGCGAACUUUCAUCCGUCCCAGGCAUUAACUCCUCACUCGUAUACCAUUAUUCAGGCUGCAUCAUCAUUGACACAUCCAGCACAAAGCAAGACGACGACGAGGGAUUCACGUUUGUUCCGGUGUUUUUUCAUCAAACAACCUCGUGCGAGAGAUUUCGAGUGGCAAUUUGGAAUUACGUCCUUAGCACCCGAUGUUAUUUAUUUGUACAUUUUUGUAUUAUAUGUUGAAUAAAAGUUGUCUGCUUA